GUAUUCGCCCCUCCGGCCAGGUCGCUGAAGUUCGAUUAGCGCUGACAGCGGACACCAUGGGCGACGCUCAUCCGCGUGCCAAGGUCGACGAGAUCAAGGCGGUGUACGAUCGUCUUUUCAACUCCUCUACGAGGUUAGGAAAGAUCAAGGAUGCCGCUUUAGGUGGUCGCUUGUUCGCUCCCGCCGACGACGGGCAUGGGGUACCAGGACGCAGUAUUGCUUGGAAGCUGUUUCUGAUUCAAGUAGAACCUCUACAGCCUGACCUACCGCUCAGCCAACUGCCAUACCUCGACACAUUGCAGCGGUCUCGCAAGGAGUUCGUGGACUUGAUGAUGGAAAAGAUGCGUGCUCCAGAUGGCAGUUACGAAGACGGAUUCAUCAUUCCCGGAACGCAUGCAUCCCCACCACGCAUCAAUCGUUCUACCAGCAACCUCGAGAAGAACAAUCCUUUGAGCUUGCAUGACGAAAACCCGUGGAGAGAUUGGUUCGCUGCUAUUGAGCUUCGCAAGACCAUACUUCAGGAUGUCGAGCGCACAUUUCCGGAUCUCCUCUACUUCCGUGACCCCGACGUUCAAGCCCAAUUGACGAACAUAUUGUAUCUUUACUCGGUACUCCACCCGGACAUAGGAUAUCGGCAAGGCAUGCACGAGCUUCUCGCGCCGCUAUACCAUGCCGUCGAUUUCGAUUCGCAACUUGAAAACGAUUCAUCGACUAACGACGCCACGCUUGCAGAGUUCUGUUCUCGGGCGUGGGCGUCUGCCGACGCUUGGGUUUUGUUCUGUGCAGUUAUGAAGGGCGUUGGCCGAUGGUACGAAUGGCGAGAACCGUCGGCUUCGAUUACUGGAGCGUCCCCACUUGGAUCACAUGUUCAACUGAACGUACCCACCCGUCAGGCGGAGAUUAAAGCCUACGUUGCUCCCGUAGUCGAGGCUUGUCAACGCGUUCAGUCAACAUACCUAAAGAACGUCGAUCCCUUGCUAUGGAAGAGCAUGCAAGCAGCUGGGAUUGAGCCCCAAAUCUACGGCAUACGAUGGUUGCGACUACUGUUCACGCGCGAGUUUCCCCUUGAGGAAGCUAUGAUUAUGUGGGACGGGCUUUUUGCUUGUGACUCCUCUUUCGACCUGGCGCAAUGGGUAUGUGUUGCCAUGCUAGUCCGAAUACGCAACCAGUUGAUACCGGCGGACUAUACCGGACAGCUAACAUUCCUCCUCCGAUACCCUGCCCCUCCUCCGCCCGAUGCCGAUAAUCCGCCCACAUCUCACCCCAUCACGCUUUUACUUCGACAGGCCUUGACGCUCCAGAUGUCUCCCACUCCGUCAACAGGCGUGUCGGUUGUCCUCGAGAAUCGCAAUCUACUCAAUAUUCCCAUGGACGUGCCAGAACCUCCGCCGCCCCCUGUCCGGCGGCGGCCCGGCCAUGUGCAGCGAGGCCAGUCCAUCUCUGCCUCAGAAGCCUCUGGGAGUACCGCCCGCCAAACGCCUAUAUUGUCGUCCGCUACCCACGGACGGCAGACUUCCAGCCAGCAGAGUCUCGGAUUACCGGAAACAUGGGCCAAGGGAAUUCUAGACCGGGGAGAAAGUCUUGGUAUCAACAGGGCCAAUAUCUUGACCGCAGUGACCGAAUUUCGACGUAACCUCCCAGAACUGGCGGCCCAAGCAGCGUCGUUCGUCCGCACACCGCUAUCCCCCAGUCAGCAACACGAUACAUUCCCUCUCGCUGUCGAUCGCCCAGUCGAGGAGCGACCUCCCUGGGAACCUCGGACCAGAUUUGAGAUGGAGCGCGAGAUCGUCCAGCUCAAGUCUGCGCAGAAACGUUGCGGAAAGGCUUUGCAAUGGGUCGUGGACGCCCUCCUGCAGGACGAGGAGAACAGCACCGAUUCGGAGAAGGUUAAGAGCAUUAAGCAGAAGAAACGGGAUGCGUUGGAAUCGCUGGCAUACGUCAGAGACAUAUUGAACGGAAACGUUGCGGACAUCGAAGACGAUCGGCUGGUCAGCGAGGAGGAUCAGCGGAGAGCGAAGGAGGCAAACAAGCAGAUUGGUCCCGCGAUGGGUCCCGCGCCGCAAGCUACCACCGCGGUCGCAAAGCACAUAUCGCCUCCGCAGCCCGCUGCGCCGCUCCCCCUGCCGACAGUCGAACCACGCUCUCCGGGAGGCCGCACAAUGGGCCAGCACCCAGCUUUCGCAUCUUUUCCUUCGACAGUUUCCUCCUCGCCGCCUCGACCUACCAGAUCGAGUUUGGCAUCGACCAACGAUCAGCUGCCGCGUGGCGCUUCAACCCCGCUUAACUCUCCUCCCGUACCGAAAUCGGACAAGAACGCCACGGCUUUCGCGCCUUGGAACUACACGCCGUCUGGUUUCGCUUCUGCUUCUGCUGUGGUUCCGCUUCCACCUCCAGCGUCGGUUGCACCGAUGUCUCCCGCUACUCCUUCCGGGAUGAGGUUUCCUACCAUUAAUGCCGCGCCACCCGCCGACGCAGCGGAUCGGGCUUCCCGGCGCACGGUAUCGCAUGAUCCCUUGGGUGCUAUUCCUUGA